AUGGAUACCAAAAAGCUGUCUACUGGCUCCAGAGAUGCGAUCAGCUGCCUCCCUCAUGAGGUUCUGGGCGUCAUCUUGUCCUCAGUUCCGACCAAACUUGCUGCUUCAACAUCUCUUCUCUCGAAAAAGUGGAGGAACGUGUUUGCAUUGGUGCAUAAUCUUGAUUUUGAUGAUUCUGACUUGCUGCAACCGGAAGAGGGUGAAGAAGAGAUGGGUGUGAUGCGGGAGAGCUUCAGGAAUUUUGUUGAUACAACUCUCGCUUUGCAAUGCGGUUCGCCUAUCAAGAGAUUCUCUCUCAAAUGCCACAUUCAUGACUAUUACAGUGAGUCCGCUCAUCUGGUCCGCUGGGUAUGUAAUGCCUUAGAUCGUGGUGUUUUGGACCUAAGUCUAGAGACCAGUGUUCAGGCCUUGAUACCUUCUGAGCUCUUCACGAGCAAGACGCUAGUUAAACUUAGACUUGGAACGCAAGUUACUGUUGAAGUAUUUCCUCCAGAAGCGUCUCUCCCAGCGCUUAAGAUUCUCAUCUUCGAAUCAGUCUUGAUUCGACCUGAUGAUAUGUGUAAUGUACUUCUCCCUGGCUGUCCAGUGCUCGAGGAGUUAUAUCUUUAUUACGACGGGUUUGAAGGAUGGCCAUACCGCAUAACGAGUCAGACCAUCAAGAGACUAGUGGUUCAGUACGAUGAGUUUGAAAUUGAGUCUAUGAGUUUUAUGUCCAUUGACGCCCCAAAUCUACUCUUCCUGGACUACUCCCAUUAUGCCUUGUAUGAUUAUCCACUAGUUAACUUGGCUUCUCUAGUCGAAGCUAGGUUGGAUAUUCAGUAUAGUAAAAGAGUCGUGAGGCCGGAUAUAACGGGUCUCAUUAAUGGGAUAAGCAAUGUCGAGACCUUGCAUCUUUCUCCCGAUUCUGUUGAUGUGAUUUCUCUAUGUGUUGGACGUGGAUUACUUCUACCGGUGUUCAAUAAUCUUGUAAGCUUGACUUUUGGGAGUAAGAAUGAAAAAGGUUGGAAACUGUUGCCGUAUCUGAUUGAGCAGUCUCCAAAGCUUGAAACUCUAAUCAUCCAGGUAAUAUAUCAUUAGUAAAACCCAUGAGAGAG